AUGAAUAGCAGAUAUCAAAUAAACUUGAAGUAAAAGUUGGGAAGUGGUAUGUAUGGAACUGUGUACACUGCAAUUGAUACUUUCACAAAUGAAAUGGUGGCCGUCAAACAGAUGAGCAAGCAGGAACUUGGAUUGGACAAUAAAAUCUUCAGAUAAGAAGUCGAAUCUAUGAGGAGCAUCCCUUAUUAAGAUGGGGAAAAUGGAUCCAAAUAUCUCAUAAGGUACAAGGAUUUCUACUAAUGUGCUAAUUUCAAUAAUAUCGUAAUGGAAUGUUUUAAAGACUCUUUAGAUCUCAAUUCUUACAUCGAGAAGAAAGGCAAAAUUCAAGAAGAUGAUGCCUUACAGAUAUUUUAUUAAAUUGCUUCAGGAAUCAGUUUCCUACAUGACAUGCAUAUUGUUCAUAGAGACAUCAAGCCUUCAAACAUUUUGAUUCGUACAAAACCUAAAUUAGAAAUCAAAGUAAUCGAUUUCGGAUUUGCCAGACUCCUAAAUGAUGAAUAAACCACUUCAAGGACAUAUGUAGGAACUCCCAUGUACAUGAGUCCAUAAACUAAAUUAUUAUCUCAAUAUGAUCCAUAUGCAAAUGACAUCUGGAGUUUGGGAGUCCUUUUGUUUUUUAUGGUCACUCAACAUUACCCUUGGAAAGCGAAGAAGAGUGAUCAACUCGAAAAAGAAAUGCUUAAUUAUGUUGCUCAACAGAUUUAGAUUAACAUCAAUGGAAUUCCCCAGUAUGCCAAAGAAUUAAUAAUGGAUUGCUUGUAAGUUGAAGAGUGUGCCAGAAUCAAAGCCAACGAUUUGGCAUGGAAGACUAAGAGGAUCAUAUAAAUUAUCAUAGAGAAAUCCUGCUAGCCCAUUUUCAAGAUUCCCAGAUUCAAAUGGGAAUAAUUAGAUGGAUAUCGACCCUCUCUAUAAUAUGCAUUUAUUAACAAGGAGGAACUUGAAUAGAUGGAAUAGUGA